AUGCCCGCGCCGCCGCCCCGGAGUCAGCCCCGCGCGCCAAUAGGCGAGGACCACCACCAUGACGCCCGCCGCACCGCCGCCAGGAGCUCGUCGCCGACCACUCCGCAGCACGCCGUGCCGCCGCACCCGCCAACCAGUCCGGCGCCCAGGCCCGGCGGAUCUGGCCCGCGCCUGACCAUCCGCGCGAGGGGACGAAGGAAGCCCCGCCGCCGCCUGCGCAGACCGGGCUUCGCCCGGCUGCGCCCUCCAGCGGCGGCGAGGGGGACUUCAGUUACUAACAUCAUGCCACCAGUUCUGGAGAGUGAUAUGCAUAGCAGGGAAUAUCUUGCGGAACAGAAACGCAAGGGUGAGGCGUAUUUGAAGGAAAGAGAUGCAAGGAUUGCGGAACGCAAGGCUGCGGAGCGGCAGUCUCUUAAAGACAUACAAAGCUUAGCUCGUAGCCUUGUAUACCCUAGUGCCUCUAAUGCGCAACCGACACAAAAUACACGAGGUGCUGAUGAUCGCAGUGACUCCGAGUAUGAACCAGAUGCUGAAGAGGAGGCCCAUGCAGAGGAAGAGGAUUUGAGAGAUGAAGAGGAGGUCUCUGUUGCACCUGAAGGUUCCACCAUGCCAAAAACGAAAAAGCGUGUCAGAUCCAAAAAUAGUGCAGCUGCUACCUCAAGAAUAACAAGAUCUAGAGCUACCGCAACAACUGAGUCAAUUGAAGCUACAAACCAUCAAGAACAGUCUGCACCAAAUCCAACAAACACCUCACCUCACCUAACUUCUAAGGAUAGCAACUCGCUUGACGCUGAUUCAGGGGUACAAGGUUCUCAAGACAUGAUAGGCACAUCUGGACAAUCAGAUAACAUGAUUACAUUACAAGGCCAAGAUGCAUUAGCAUGCUCCACUGGUCCAACUGAUCCAUGA